UGCAUGAUGAUGCGAUUCAUGCUACUAUUCAGCCGGCAGGGAAAGCUUCGGCUGCAAAAAUGGUACCUGGCCACCUCAGACAAGGAGUGGAAGACGAUGGUUUGAGAGCUUAUGCAGGUUGUUCUAGCUCACAAGCCCAAGAUGUGCAGCUUCCUGGAGUGGAGAGACCUCAAAGUUGUCUGUAAGAGAUAUGCCAGUCUCUACUUCUGCUGUGCCAUUGAAGGUCAAGACAAUGAACUGAUCACCCUGGAGUUGAUCCACCGAUAUGUCGAGCUCUUGGACAAGUACUUUGGCAGCACGUGUGAGCUGGACAUCAUCUUCAACUUUGAGAAGGUCUCCUUCAUCCUGGAUGAGGUUUUGAUGGGUGGAGAUGUCCAGGACACCUCUGGGAAGAGUGUGCUUAAGGCCAUCAAGCAAGCUGACCUGCUGCAGGAGGAGGUUGAGUCGCCACACAGUGUCCUGGGGGAGAUGGGCCUAGCAUAG